CACGCGCCUUGUACAGCGUGCAUUUCGACGUGCAUUUCAAAUCCAAUAAUAGCCAACAAAUUCGGCCAGCAUGACGGCAUUUAGUCGAUAAUAUCCGUACACAGAGAUGCAUCGUAUUCUCAAUGGCGAAAUGGAAGGAGCUUGGCGAGGUGCCAGAUUCGGACGACGAAAGCACCUGGGAUAGCCAAGAAUCCCUCUCGGGCCCUACAGAUACUGCAGAUGAUGCCGGUCCCCUACAUAUUGCAGCUGACGUGGAGAGUCAAGCUAUAUGGGAUGUCCCGUUUUCUUCACAGAUUUCAGCCGAGGAGAACCAUUCACUUCCCACCCAGAUACAGCAGCAGGAACCUCAGCCUCGGUCGUUAGGAUUGUCCAAGCACGACACUCUGCCCGAAUUGUCACCUGUAUCUUCCCUCCCCGAGGAAGACCGCAGCAAUGGAAAUAAUGCCCCGUCCACCGAUCCCGCUGGCCAACACCAGACUAGAAGCGAAGGGCCACCGUCUUCGCUGCCAUCUCUCGAACGGUUUGCAACAGAGGCGUUCGAACUUGAAGACGUACCAACCGUCCAAGAAAGCGAGGCAAUGAGCAAGGAGAAUAGCCGAUUGGGACGGUCGCUGCGGCCGAGAAAGCCAAUCCAAGAACAUCCCUACCUGCUCGAAAGUGUUCAGUACAGUAAGACGUGGAAGUCUCACGGUUUACGGCCUGUGAGGGUAUUGGCUGAGGAACAAGAGAAGAGGAGACAAGAGGAGGACUCUCAGGAACAAGAAUUCGAAGAUGAUAGUCAGGUCACCAACAAUGAAACCCUUCGGGAGGAGUCAGGAGAAUCGCAGGUAGUUGGACAUUUGGAUAGUCUCCCUGAGCUGAACGACGCAUCACUAUCAGAUGACGGAGAGCCGUCUCCUACCCCCGAGCCGCCGGCUCAUAGGCCCGAACAGAGUCCUCUCAGUUCACAGGAAGAUGACGAGCUUCCUGAUCCGAAUGAUAUUGAGAAGUGGAAAAUAAGCAAGACCACCCGUCCUGUUCGCAAACGACGAGCCUCACCUAAAGCAUCCUCAAAACGGAAACUUUCCAGAUCUGAACAUGACCCUGGCGAGGCUGUUAAGCACACUCCAAUACUACCAGAUCUUGACGACAUUUUUGAUAUUCCUGUGUCUCCGCCUCAAACAAGCCCUGCUGUGCUUACAGUUACUCCUAUGGCUGUUGUCAAUAGACUCGGGGGUGUAUCUAUGGCCACACUGACUCCCAAGCCAAGUAGUAACGUAUCUUCCCGGAUACACAGUCCGGCGCCCGCUAAUCAGCGAAGUGAACUUAUCGACUUGACGAUGCUAGAGAACGGGGAUAGUGAGGGCGGCAGUGACAGCGACAGUGAUGUGGCUGGUUCGCCAACGGCUCCUGAAAAUGAGCCUGAUCAGGUACGCCUCGGAGCAAAACGGAUACGUGGAGUUCUGCCGGCGUCAUGGCUCCGACUCGACCAACAGGCUUCCGCACGCAAGGUCAAAGCAAUUAUUCGGCAUCGCAGCCCUGAUUUAUCACCCGAUCCUUCUACUAGAAAAGGGGUAGCACAGCGCAAGAUGACGUUAACCCAGUCAGGAAGAAGUUUAGCUCUGUUCCUAUCUGAUGACUCCGAUGACUCAGACUCAACUGUACGGCCUCCGGCGGCCAACAUGUCUUUUCCUGAUAUCAACACCCCGACUACCGAAGACGAUGCAGCCUCCAUCAUUGAAGAGGAUCAGAUUGAUCAUAUGAUUUCACGCAGCAAAACGACAAGCGCUGGCUCAAGCGUGCUUCAAAAGAAGCGAAAAAGAGACCAGCAGUCAAUAUUCAAUGGCCAACCUGGCCAGAGGAAGCGUCAACAGCGGAUUACAGGAAUUCUCAAUCGCACUAAGUCGGGUUCUUAUACCCAACGUAGCCGCGAGAAAUCGACAGAAGGCAGCAUGGGACCUCGCCAGAUGAAGUCACGGAACAGUGGCAAGAGGAAGCAACCGAUUUCUCGGCCGGCACCGCUAGGUAUCCUGGAUGUUGUAGAGUCAGAUGCCCCUUCUUUCAUUCGUAUCGCUGCUCGUACAGCUAGUAAGAGGCGAGAUAAAGGCCGUUCAAGUCCGUCAAAGAAGAUAAUCAUGCUUGGAACUCGCCAGGACACUAUUGACGCAGUGGAGGUGUUGAAUCGCUGGAAAGAAGGGCAAAUUCACCCCAGGAACUCUACGUUUUCUUCUCGUCCACAGCCUCGACAUGACACGGCUCUCAACAUGAAAAUUCAAGAACAACUCGGUCAGAAUCCGACCCCUCGAAUAAAGCUAGUCAAGCCCGUAAAACCCUCAACUCGCUUUUCUCAGCCUCGCCGGAUGGUCAAGCAGACAAGCAUGGAUAAUUUUGUGGAUGUCGGAGGACAAGAUCAAUCUAAGCCAAGCCUGAAUGCGGACAAUUUCUUGAUUGAAAUGUCUAGGUCCCGUGAUCCUUUUUGUCGGCCCGCCCAACUCGAGAUGCCUGGUGAUUCUGUCAACAGUAAUACGUUUAAUGCUCGAAAAAAGGCGCUGGACGCAAUAUAUCGAAAAUCACGCAAAACACUACCUACUCCUCGAAAUCUACACCUCGAGCAUUCAAUCAGCAGACAGGUACUAGAGCACAACGAACCACUCGACACUAUAUCCCCUCAGUUACCAGAGAGCAAUAGUGCUUGUGAGCCGCAAGGGAAUGAAAGGAGGACUAGGCAUAGGAAAAAAAAUCGCCCACAGUCUGUAGAUGUUUCCGCCCCUCAGUACACGCAUGCCAACGACCCUUUGCCGCGCGAGCUCAGUCCUCCCACAGUGGUUUCUGAUUCUUCAAAGAAUGAAGUAACUGGAAAGCUACUUGGGCUAGCUCCAUAUGGUACACAUUAUACGCAACACUUCGAGGUAUUCCCUCUAGACCGUGGUGUAUUCUUCCACGAAAGUACAAUCAUUGGCGGAGGCCGACUGAAAGAAUCUCUAGAUGAAAAAUUGCUGGGUAACCUACACCAUCAUCGAGGCUGGUGCACUUUUACUAUUGAUGAACAAACUCUCCGUUGGGGUCCGUGGAACGCCCAAACAGCUUCAGAGCUUGGCAUCAUUUUUGACUGGGUGAUAGAUCGGUUGGAUGACAAUUCAUCUAAUGAUUCCGAGCUAGGAGCUGCAACGCCCGUGCAAGCUACCGACUUUGUCCUGCUAUAUGUUCAGAAUCAUUUAUCCUUUACCGGAUCUGACAGCUUGGAUAUCUUUGCUAGCCGAUUAGUUGAUGUUUUGAAAGGCUUUGAGCGUCGAUUUCAAGAGACUUUAAGUGUUUCCAAGCAUGCCACACAAUCUUGCAUCGAGACUCUCACGCGCGUCUUGGUCAUUAUAAUGCAUGUUCUACGCCUAUGUCAGAAGUUUGAAAUAGCCGCAGAAACUUUUCAGAUGGAGGAGUUAUUGAAGCGAUUUGCUGCAACCACAGCCGGGGUUCUCUGUCAAACACAACUUAAAGAAGUUCAAGAUAUGUACAGUCGGCUACAGCACAUGUCCUUCCGAGAAAAGGGACUCCGGAACGAAGAGUACUCCGUGAUAUGUUGGGUGACAUUGAUUCGAAUUCUCGAGGAAGCUCGUUUGCCGCGUGCUGGUUUCUGGGCGGUGAUAUCCUCAGCAAUCUUGAGCCCUAAUACCGACAGCACUGUUGAGGCGACCGUUCUUGAACAAGCUUGGCGGUCUAUGUUUACACUUCUUCCUUUAGGCGAAUUUGACAACACAGGGGUUGCUAUCCCUGGAACGCGACAUAGGACACCAUUGGAAGGGUGGACAAUCCCUCAACGACUAUUGCGGCGCAUUUUUCAGCUAUAUCGGAACAACAGCCGGCAAUCACCUAGUUUUAACGACUACCUUCGUGCUAUCGUGAGUCGCUGUCACUACCUAGUAGAGCAGUGGGGGUGGGAUAAGUGCAAUGUGAUCCUAGGAACGAUCUUCGAUUUUUUCGCCGCUCUAGAAUUUCACAACCUACGAAAUGAGGAGGUAUACCAAUCCCCACAGUUUCUCGAAGAGCUUUCGGAGGCACCAUCACUUGCGACGUCACCAGAGGAUCGAUGUUUCCACAUUUACCUAAAAUUGAUCGCAAUGUCUAUCAAGCGGCUUACAAAAUCCGGAUCAGUCAAGGAGAUUAGGAAUCUGGUCGCUCGCCUCCUACCUAAUCAUAGCCGGCAAUAUGACAAAAUGAUGGCUACGUAUGAGGCUGAGAUAGCUGCGCUUCGAAAUCAUCAUGAUCUUCUUUGCACCCUUUUCUGGGCUGCCCCCUCCGAAUUGAGGCCAUCUGUUCAGAGUAUCGAAGGGCUUGUAGCGAUAAGAAAUUCUCACAAAGAGGCUUGUUUGAUUAAUCUGCGUGCCUGGAGCCGGCUAUCACGAUUUGUUGUUUCAUCCAGCGAAGAUAUAGCUGUAUACAAGCCCCUAGCCGAUUGGCAAAGGAAUAUAUCCCUACAAGUGCUUGAGCAAUUUCUUUCCGUCGAAAGUGAAGUUAAUCAACAACUUCUGGGCAUGUCGGCAGAAGCAUCUGGAAAAAUCACGGAGGAGCACAGGAAUGCCGUCAUCAGUAAGAAUAAAAGGGUUGCUAUGGACUUGCUUCACUUCUCGAUGAAAGCAUUCCUAGACACUAUGCGUCACACUCGGACUCUUGGUGCUGCUUCUUUCGUGUUAAAUCACUAUCCACUCGAACAAAUACUCACUCGGCUCUCGUUCUCGAUGGCGGACUCGGAUUGGGGCAUUUUGCGCGUCGCCAUCAACAUCAUUGACUACUUCCUCACUCGAAUUGAUGGGUUUAAGAGUGCAGAACCUCUUCACGUUGGCCAGUCCUGGCACGAAGAAGAUGCGAUCAUGCUACUUGAACGGAAAAUUUCUUCGCCUCUCAUAUCUAUUGUUCGGGAUGUGGUCAACUUGAAGUCUCCGGACACAGAUGUGGGUCGAGUCGGUGACCGUUAUGCUUGCGUUGAAGAAGCUGUGACUCUUGCUGGUCGGUUGGGCGCAUGCUUGAUCCAAGCUCGACUUGCUCGCUUCCGCCAGUUUUUCCAAGCAGGAAAAUAUAACCUCUUUCCAGAUAUCUCGAAGGCCGCUGUUUCGAAAUCUCGGAAAUAUAUCCCUCUUUUCCUAGCUGCGGUGGCCGAUAGAGGGUUUACUGACUUUAAGGACAUCGGGCUUACGCCUUUGGACUUAUUUCUGGUAGAAAUAACGAAGCCGCUGAAUUACUUAGCUUACGAGAAUCGACUAGCCACAAGCUUCAAACAACUUGAUGAAACAUUUUUGAAGGCUGCCAUCAUUGAGGUUGGAAAUACGCCCGACUACAACUCCAACGGAGAUUUGUUCAACUACACCGUUGUUUCUAUGCGAAAUACCUUGCUUCAGGCAGAUGCGGAGCAAAAGCCGCGUCUACAGAGCAUGUUCUCCAAAGCCUUGCGCUGUACAAUGGAUCGGAUGAGGGCUGACCUGAAAUCGAUGACGUUAAAUUCACUUGAGCAUUUGAAUUACGUGAAGUUCGUGCGGUUGAUCAUCAGCGUCAUUCGAUCACAGGAUCUCUGUCCAGUGGAUUCCUUCUAUUACCAAAUCAGCCCAGAAUACUCUCCUUCAAGAGAGGAUCCGCGGCUCCAGACAGCAGGAAUAUUGUCUUGGGGACUCAAGCUUGAAGAAGGAGAGUCCAAGGCAAUGUCAGGUUUGUUCUACCUGCUGUUUCCAAGUUUCAAGAUUGCUCUGGCGAAUGGAGAACUAGCGAAUGAAAUUAUUAUCUUAAAAGAGAGUAUGAAACACAGGCGUGUGUUUGACUUCAUGCUAAGCACAAUGCUCCCUGCUAUUAUCAGGACGGCCACUCAAGUAUGUGAGGGCUGGAUUCUUCUGGAAACAUACAUCGAUGCCAUAGAUGCUCGGCUCUCAAUAGGCUGUAUUCAUCAGGUCAUCGGUGGAGACUUGAUGAAGGACAUCCUGGCACUACACAAGAUGGUUUUGGCAGGCGCUGAGAGUGUCCAAAUGAGGGCAUCUCCCAUAUUUCGAUAUGGAGAUAUUAUAUCCUUGGCAGCAAUGAUGAGGAUUCUCAACAUUUUGUCUCCGUCCGUCACAGCAUAUAUUAUCAAUGAGUCAGAAUCUUCGAUCGCGAAGGAAUUUCCGCAUAUCAUUAGUGAGGUCACUGAAUUCACGCGCGCAGCAGGCGCAUAUUUAUCAGAGCUUGUUGAGAAGAGUGGCGGGAAAACAGUCAGUAUACCUGAGGUCAGCCGUCUCUUUGAGGGACUAGGGAUCGUCGGACCUGAAACCACACUGCGAUACGGCGAGUAUGUCGACCGAUUUUCUAGUCACAUGAUCCAAGACAUCCGUAACAACUGGAUAUCAAGCGAGGCUUCAAUCACAAUCAAGGCACCAUCGAGGUCUCAAAGACCGUCGACGACUCAGUCAGGACAAGGAACACCACUUGCCAAAUGGAAGCAAAGCGAGCUUCUGCAAGUUUUGUGGGAGCAAAUGAGGACGUGGAACCACGCCCAUGACAUGAUAACGAACACAGCAUCACAUGGAGCGUUGAUUGAUGAGAUUUUGUUUUAGCUGCAUAUGGGAGCAUGGCGUUAUUGGUACCGGCGAGCAUAGGCUGAUCAAGGGGCAUUUGGACACUGAGCGGGCAUACUGGUUUGGCGCUGGUAAAAGUCAUGUAUAUAUAUGUCGUUCGGAGAUUCGACGUGGCUGCAGUUGUUUCAGGAUGUCUAUAGUUGCUAUCCCGUACCAAUAUAGCUGUCUAUACUACCUAGGUGCUUACGCAAGCUCAGAUUUGUACACUUGAUGUAUACUAGUUAGCAGUGUCCC